GUUGUGGCCAGAGUAAAAUUGGUAACAUCUAUACAAAGAACAAGAAGAACAAGAACAAUAGCACCAAGAAAAAUGGAGACUCUAUACGAACGUCAUGAUUUCCAUUGGAACGCUUGGGUCUCUCUUUCGGAGCUCGCAAUGAUUUCCUGAAGAAAAUACAUUAUUCAUAGGAACUAGGGUAAUGCGAGGAGGUUCAAAUUUGGCGGCGACAAGGCGGCAAGCAGUCACGUGGUCGUUAUCCCAGUACCGCGGAGCCCUCCCUACUUGCUAGCGCGUUGACCAAUCAGCGCUCUCGGUAGGUUUGGCUCCCCUACCAUUGGAGUUGCGUGCGCAGCAAGUAGUCGCGCAGUAGAGCGUACAUACGCCGGCGAGUAAGGACGCGAAAGAACGCAUUAACGGUCGUAGGAGUACUACUUGCUUACUUACGUAUAAUCUAUCGCGUAAAACGACGUCGUUUCGCGUACUCUUCGGUAAACAAGAAGAGAGGAGGAAAACUUUGACGGCGAUAUAUAGGUGUAGUACACUCGUUCAAGGCUCGGGGGCCGAUAUCAUCGUGCUUGGAUAGUAGUUAUUGUGGGAAGGCUCACUCAACUGUGCGAACGUGUGCCUACGUGAUCCAACGAACGUGUAUAAAAGCCAUGCGUAUCCCCGCUUUUAGUGUUUGUCUUGCUACGAUAUUUCAUCUGUGAAGAACGUUCUCGUUUUCAUAUUUUUUUUCAAUAUUUCCUCAUUUAAGAGCAUUCGUCUCGUUACGUAAUUUCGAUAUUAACUCGAUAUUAACUCGAUAUUAACUCGAUAUAUUAAGGAAUUACCGAUCGAUCCUUAUUUUUGGAAAGUAAUAUAUUUACGAGUGUUCACUUGGAAAGAGAGAAAAAUUUAAAAGAAAAAAAGCAGACUUAUUGUUAGACUUUUUCUUUUGAAAAUACGUUAUAAACUGUGAUCAAAGUGGAAGGGCAUGUGGCAUCCUGUUUUCUUAUGCUUCCUCCCCCUAAGAGGGAAGCUUCAACAAUACCAAUUAAACGCCGAACUCGCAGGAAAUCGUCCUUGCCUGCCUCGAAUUUAGAAAACAAGGAAACAGGCGCCAAGAUGUGGCUUAAAGUUCUCAGACAAAAUAUUUCGCAUCUGGCUCGCAGAGCUAAGGGCAGCUCGUCUGUCGAACCAAAGAACGGUAAUGGCAAUGCCAAAGGAAACAAAACUAAUAACAACGGCGUCGAGGUCAAUAGAAACGAAGAACAAAAUGGUUCGAGCGAUAUUAAAAAUCAAGCUAAGAAGAAACCGAACGCGGCUGGAAGCGGACCACUGCUACAACAAGCAGAGAUAUCUACCAGUCAAUUGGAUUUCUUCAAGAUGCUUGACGAAAAAAUUGAAAAUGGUCCUGAUUACGACGAGGCUCUCGACUCGACGAACAGAGCGGAACACGUAUCGAAUCUUUUACGUCGAUGGGAGUUAGCGAGCGUAACGUGGUCUAGCGUAUCGGACCUCAAUCAAGCAUCCUUGUCAAAUGAAAGGAAUCAUAAUUCAGCUUUGAGUACUUCGAGACAAAGUCUCAGUGCUAAGGAUCGCGAGGGUAUGCGAAACAUCGUUGGUGGUAGGCCAGAGAGUGCACCAAUUUUUAUGAGAAACGCCAAUCGAGUGGAUGGUCUUCAGGAGACCCAUUGUCCCUCGCCAAACAUGCCAAGACACGUUCUAGAAUCCAUAACGCAGAGUCCAACGCAAAGUUUGAAGAAUGUCACGCCACCGGGAAGCUCCCCAACUAGUUUGCGUUAUCAGGAUAGUUUCAAGGAAUGCAACGCUAAUCAAAUACCUAGUAAAACAACGAGCAAACUUCAUUACGGAUCGCAGAAUCCGCUAAACGGGGAGUACGUAACUCAACAGGCUCUCUAUCGCGAACAAUAUCUUCAACAAACUGGCAUAAUCGUUCCAUCGUCUCAAUACUCGGCUGAGUCACCAGGUGGCAACGUACUCAGAAACAAUCCGUUCGUUCAACAAUUUCAAAUCGGUAACCCCCAACAUUUCUCGGUACCGAGAAAACGAGGCUUCAAUGCCGCCCAAAUGACGUGACAAGGAUUGGCACGGACGACGAGAUAAGACUGAACACGAUUCGCAGGAAUUAUUUCUUGUGAAAAACAGAGCUAAUAGAACAGAGAGAGAGAGAGAGAGAGAGAGAGAAAGAGAAAAAGAACUGGAGAAAGAAGGCACAGAAUGAGAAAAGAAGGAUCCUUCUUCUCUGAGAUACUCGCUCCUAAUCCUCGGCUCGCGUUCUUCAACUUCUUGUACUUUAUAUAGGUGCUUGUGCUGUCGAUAAGAACUUUUCACAAGAUGUUUAGAAGAAAAAUGGUAGCGUAGGAGGGAAGGAGGGAGAGAUGGUGGUAGUGGCCUAAGGAUUCAAAACGUGAUUGGAUCGACGAUUGAAAGAAACAAAGCCAAAGUAAUCAGGAGGAAACAUCCUACGUACGAAAAUUCGCAUCAAGUCUAAUUAAAUGGAUUUCUUUCUUAUACGUAUAAAGUGCCAAAAAGAAUGCUCUACGUAAAAUCAUUUAGAGGAAAAUCGCUGGAACAGGAACAAACAGAAAAAUCAAUCUUUCGACGUGAAAACGAAAUACUCUUCUACUUCGUGAUUGUGUAUAAAACUAUUAAUUAAACGAACUAUAACGGAAAAAAGAAAAGAUAAGGAAAUUUUUAAAAACCCCAAAAAAAUAAAUUUUUCGAUGUACGUACGAUACGAAAUUGUCGUCCGUUACUUUUAUUCUCCUUUUUCUAAUCGAUGGAAGAACACCUCUUCUUACGAAACAAACGAAAAGAAAAAACCGAUUAUAUUUAAAAGAAAUAAUAAAAAAAUAAAAAAAAAA